CAGCACACGCGCGCAGGGUACUGUUCAAAAUUCACAAACCACGUUCUCAUCUGGUGGGAGGAGAGGGGAAAGGGAUUUCACCACUGUGGUCGCCGGACUCGCCAGAGCAACACCGCGAUGCUCUCUCCUUCUUCUCUGGUGGGCAGAGCCCCUAUUCUCGAGUUCACCAUUGACAGAGAGGAACCCCAUGCAUAGGAUCUAUGGUUGCAGAUCAUAUUUGUUCUGUGGAGUCAGGGAUGAUUGUUGAAAGCAGAGAAGUUGAGAAGGUGGUGGUCAUCGGCGAAGCAUCUGCAGACCAAAUCGUGGGCGAUGUUGGCGCAACCAUGGGUGGUGUGAUGGCUGGUGGUGUGCUCAAAAACUCCCAGCCAGCUUGCUGUGUGGAUCUCGGGCGAUCUGUACCUUUGAGCAAUAAUGGAGCUGCAAUGAUUCAUAGGGAAAAAACCACUACUCACACCGAAGAGGAACUAAAUUAUGUUUUAUCUAUCGGGUCGGAUACAUAUGACAUCAAUUUACUAAAGAAGAAGUAUAAAUCCCUGAAAAGGAAGCACCUCAAAUGCAACAAAUUUAUUCCCAACGCAAAGAAAUUCAGGUGUGCCGCUACUGAAGCAGCGUGUCAUGGCGGACCUGGUUUAUAUUUCAAAGCAAUUGUUGAUCAGAAUGCAUCAUCUCCCUCGUUUGAUGCUAUAAAGGAUGGGAUAGCUUCUGCUCUCGACCAUUUCCACGAAGAACAUUCAAGAAGAUUUACAGCAAGCCUUCAGGAUUUAUCUCAUGUUUUAUCCAAUCUAUUUCCAAGCAAAAGAAGAACAUCUCCUGUAAACUUUUCAAGAGAUCAAGUUGAUUCAAAGGCAGGUGAACUUGCACAUAAGGGUAGCACACACUGCUGUACAUCUAACAAUGGCACUGAAAUUCUUUCAAAAUCAAAAUCAGUGACACAAUCUGAUGAAGAGACCGUAAAACUGCCCAGUUCUGGAUCACAAGGCUUGUCACCCAUAAUGGAUGAAGUUACACAAAAGCUAACAUCAUCUACAGGAUAUAUAUGCACACAUGGGUAUUUGUUUGUGUUUGUAUCUCUCAUGAAUGAAAAACCAUCACAUCAAGGUACAUACAUGCAGCACACACACUUACAAAAUCAGAAGCUCAUAUCAUAAUGGUUUUUUAUUUGGAUCAAGGAUCUAAAGAUCAAAUCAAAAAGAACACCUCUUUGUUCAGACAAAAUCUCAUCUAUAGAUUAGAUCAACAAACUCAAGAAGCAUAUCCCCAUGGAUUAAAAGCAAUCAGAAAGGGCAUGAUACCUAGGCCGUUUACAGCGCUGCGGAGUCCUGCACGUACGGGUCAACGGGGCCGGCCGGCCGGCAGGCUUGCAACCAAAUGGAACGAGUCUUCCACGGUAAUCGUGCUAUUAGUUAGCCGCUAAUCCUAAAUCAUCGGAAGAACUCCACCAUUUUUGUAGCUUCCUUUACAGCACCGAACGCACACACUGACAUACAAUCAAGUGUACUAGAUCUUUUGUCGCAAAAACAAAUACGUAGAUUUGGUCACCAAGCAUGGGCUGGUGGGUAAUUAAAGCGAGUCAACUUAUA